AUGGCACAUAGUUCAGACCUCGAGGGUAGCAACAACGCCCAGCUGGAUGACAGUCAGCCCGGCUCGACCAGCAGUUCCGAGCCGUCUCCGGCGGACAGCACCCAGGAGCACAAUGGCCCCAACGAACCCCAGCCUGAGUAUGCGACGGGCCUCCGACUGGUCCUCAUCAUGUUUACCAUCUUCGUGAGCACCAUCCUCGUCUCUCUAGAGAUCGGGAUCAUCUCGACCGCCAUUCCCGGCAUCACCAACGCAUUCCAUCGGCUCAAUGAUGUGGGCUGGUACGGAAGCGCGACGUUCAUUCUCGCAGCCUCGGCCUCGCCGCUCUGGGGCAAGCUGUUUAAAUACGUCAACGUCAAGUGGGCUUAUCUCAGUGCGGUGGUGAUCUUCUUAGUGGGCAGUGUGGGUUGGGGCGCCUCUGGCGUCCUCGGAGGCACUCUCAUCAUCAUCAACUAUGUGUCCCCGCCUCGGAAUCAUCCGCUGCUGAUCGGGGCGUGGAUGGCGUGCUUCAUGCUAUCGACGAUUCUAGGACCGGUAAUUGGCGGUGCAUUUACUAGCGGAGUCUCCUGGCGAUGGUGUUUCUGGAUCAACUUGCCCGUGGGUGGUCCGAUUAUAAUUCUGCUGCUGUUGUUUCUUCGCAUCCCCACGCAUAUCGAGAGCGUCCCGGCUACGUGGAAGGAGAUUCUUCUCAUGCUGGAUCUCCCGGGUUUCUGCCUGAUUCUCGUCUCUAUGGUGUGCUUGACGUUGGCGUUGCAAUGGGGCGGGCAGACUAAAGCAUGGAACGACGGCUCGGUCAUUGCGACCUUGGUCCUUUGGAUCGUCCUGACCAUUGCUUUCUUCGUGACCGAAUGGCUACAGGGCCCCCGCGCUAUGGCUCCCUUUCACAUUCUCAAACAGCGCACGACGUGGAGUAAUGCCCUGUUUUGCCUCGUUUCCUACGCCGCCCUCUACCAAGUCAUGUUCUACCUCCCGAUCUACUUCCAAUCGAUCCACGGGCAAUCCGCCGUCAAAAGCGGCGUUAACACCCUCCCCUUCCUCGCCCUGUUCGCCGUCGGAGCCGUGGUGAGCGGUGCCGUCAUCGGCAAGUCUCGCUAUACGCAACCCUACGAGCUUCUCGGGGCCCUUAUUAUGACCGCCGGCAUGGCCCUCAUCUACACCCUGGAUGUCCAUUCCUCCCAGGCCAGGUACAUUGGGGCUGAGGUGCUUUUCGGGUUCGGCAUUGGGAUCAGCAACCAGAUCCCUAUGACCGCCGUCCAGGGCUUCUCAAAGCUUGAAGAUGUGUCUAGCGCGACGGGAAUCAUGGUUAUGUGCCAAGCUCUUAGCGGCGCCUAUUUCGUUGUUAUAGCGCAAUCGCUCUUCGCGAAUCGCAUGCUCCAGACUGUUCUUACUAGUGCCUCCCACCUUGAUCCGGCCUUGGUCCUGGGUACCGGCGCUUCCGAACUCAAGACCGUGUUCAGUGGGGACGAUCUGAAAGAGGUGAUCGCCGCAUAUAUGGUGGGCAUCAAGGACGUGUUUGCGUUUGCGCUGGCGUGUGCGGCUUUUUCGGUCCUCUUGACGCUUAUCAUCCCCUUGAAGCAGUUGCCCGAUCAUGGGAAGAAACCGGCGACAGAGGCAAAGCCUGCAACCGAGGCUGCAAAAGCAGAGAAGGCUGAAGGGGUCGAUGCGGUGAAGCGAGUGGUUGGUUAG